AUGUCAUUUUAUCGUCGUCGAAUAUUCAUCUAUUUUAUUAUACUUUCAUUAUUAAUCAUCGAACCUUUAAUUUAUAUAUUUUAUUUAUCAGAUUCUCAUUAUAAAAAUAAUGUUGAGAUAUCAAUACUUGAUAAUAUAAGUGAUAAAGCAACCAUAAUUAAUAUAAAUACACGAAUUUUAUGUUGGAUUCCGACAACACUGAAACGACUUGAUCGAGCUAUUGUCGUAUAUGAAACAUGGGCUAAACGAUGUGAUCAUUCAACUUUUAUCAUUGCUGGUUCACGUUCAUCACCAACUCUUGAUCAUUCCAAAUAUCCUUUUUCUAUUGCUUAUAUUGGUGAUGAAACUAUAGAAAAAUAUAAUCGAUUAUCUGAAAAAACUUUACUUUCAUUACUCUAUAUAUAUAAACAAUAUGGUCGUGAUUAUGAUUGGUUUUUUAAAGGUGAUGAUGAUACAUAUGUCAUUGUUGAAAAUCUUCGUCAUUUUCUUCGACGUCGUCCAUCAAAUAUAUCAUUUUAUUAUGGUUAUAUAGCUAAAACUUCAGAUCGACUUUAUCCAUCAGGCGGUGCUGGUUAUAUCUUAAGUCAAGAAGCAUUACUUCAAUUUGGUAAACAAAUUUUAACGAAAAAUGAAAAACGUAAAUUAUGUAAUACGGAUGAAGCUGAAGAUAUAAAUCUUGCCUAUUGUCUUGCACGUAUUGGUAUAUUUGUUGUAAAUGCACGUGAUAAUCAACAACUUGAAAUUUUUCAUCCAAUGACAUUUGAACAACAUUUUAUGGGAAAUUUUACAAAAUGGAUUGAAAAAAAUGCACAAUUUGUUCAGAAAAAAGGUGAACAAUGUUGCUCACCAUUGACUAUAUCAUUUCAUGGUUUAUCACCAGAAGAAAUGAAGAUGAUGCAUUUUUUACUGUAUCGAAUAAAGAAAGCACCUGUUUGA